CAUUAUGCAUAUCUAAAAAAAUUGUUAUUUUCAGGAAUGCUGAACUGCUUAUACAGUUGACAGUUUCGUUGAAAUAAAGACAACAUGCCAUCCAACAAAAGUAUGCCAGUAUUAAAGGUAGUUCUACUUGGUGAUGGAGGUGUUGGUAAAAGUUCAUUGAUGAAUCGCUUUAUUAGUGACAAGUUUGACAGCCUCUCAUUUCACACCAUUGGUGUAGAAUUCUUAAACAAGGAUAUUAAUGUUGAUGGGGAGAAUUACACAAUGCAGAUAUGGGAUACAGCUGGACAAGAAAGAUUUAAAAGCCUCCGAACGCCAUUUUAUCGAGGAUCUGACUGCUGCUUAUUGACGUUUAGUGUGGACGACUUAAAGAGUUUUAAAAAUCUUACCAUGUGGCAGAAGGAGUUUUUAUUUUACGCUGAUGUACAAAAUCCAGACACAUUCCCAUUUGUAGUUUUGGGAAAUAAGGUUGAUGUUAGUGAAAGUGAUAGACAGGUUUUUGAACCAAUGGUGAAAACAUGGUGUGAGGAGAAUAACAAUACCCCAUAUUAUGAAACAAGUGCAAAAACUGCUGUUAAUGUGAAGGAAGCCUUCACUGCAGCAGUGCAGCGCGUCUUAGAACUUGAUCACAGAUUUGGAUUUUCUGAAGGAAAUGAACAUGCAAUUAACCUA